AUGGUUGUUAUAUCAUCUCUCUUCCGCAACUCAGAUGGGUUCUGCAGUCGGCGAAAGUCAAGUGCAUUCUAUGGAUUCAAUUUAGUGAUGCCGGUUGUUCAAAGACGAGUGAAAGGACCUAUGUGGUUGCAUUUCCUGAUUGGGGCCCAGCCUGUGCUAGAGUUCUCAUCAGCUUGUGCAGGAUUGGCAGGUGGUGCAAUUCCAGCUCUUGCUCAACUAGCAUCAUCUUCUUAUCACGCAGCAGUCUCAUUCCCAUCGUUAUCCACAUCACCUCCUAAGGAUCAUGAAUUAAACAAAUCGAGAACUUCUUCCACUCUAUAGUCAGACAAUACGGUGCGUCUUGUGCUCAUGGAUACAAUGUCAUGUAUGAAAGCAAAUGCUCUUCAAAGUCAUGAUUUACUGGGUUAAGGUGACCUGACUUCUUUGUCACUAACUACAUGUACAUCUUUCGAAAUUUGGAAUCUUAUAUGAAACU